AUGUUGUCCAUUGCUACUGUCAGAAAAAGUACUGCUACUGUCAGAAAAAGUACUGCUUCUGUCAGUAAAAGUACUGCUACUGUCAGUAAAAGUACUGCUACUGUCAGUAAAAGUACUGCUACUGUCAGUAAAAGUACUGCUACUGUCAGUAGCAGUACUGCUAGUAGCAGAGAUUUUUAUCGUUGGUGGUCCGACGGUUAA